AUAAACAGCUAAAUCAACCGCUUGCAGUCUGUUUUACAUAGCGUUGGCAAAAAUGCCUUGCAUCUAUACAUUUACCUUUAGACAGCUCCAAAACAAAACAAAAACGGGAGAGAGGAAUGGGAAAAUAAACACAACUUUAAUUAAAACCACAUGGAUAUGAUUUAGUUAAAUACCUACACAGAAGCAGACACAGCGUAUUUACCGCCUCACCUGCAAGUUGCAGAAGUUGUUGCUUGAUUCUAGGGAAAGGGUUCAGAACGCACCGGUACCCUUGUGUUUGGUGGAGCUCUAUGGGGAAUGUCACAAUCGUAUGAAAAACGCACAAAUAAUCGGCACCGAAUCAUUUACCGAUCAGAAUCGCCUCUAAUUUUCCAGAAACUCUCUAGGCAGUGGACAGCCAACUCACACCAGGCUCUGCCCAGGUCACGAUCAAAGAUACGGACGCUAAUUAGCAACAUAUUUUAUUCUUUUAGGCUUGAUUUCAAAACUACAGCAAUGCCAUAAGCUUUAGGCUGCUCAGAUGUUCCCUUUUUUAAUCUUAAUGAGAAAGCUUUUACCGAUAGGAACUUGGCGAUAUGGGUAAGAACAGAACGUAGUUAGGUGGUUUUAGACUCUGCUGCGUUUCUGUGGGUGAAACAAACAUAUUCGGGCUUCGGAUUUCAGUAGAAUAGAUAAAACCUACAGUUCACACAUCCUCUUGCUUUCCCUGAUAUUUGGCGUCUUUGUUAGUACAGAAAGAGGUGUAACCUGAAUCUUUGUUUAGGGUUGGAGGAGAAGCUGUGGCAAACGAUGAAGACGGAGCUUUUAAAAAAAAAAGUGCCUUUUUUUUUUAAAGAGCAAAAAUCUGGAGCAAGUUUGCUUGUAACGAUAAAGAUCUUAACAUGUACAGAAGGCGGGUUUUACACAAGGAGGUGAGGCUAGAAAGCCAGCAAAAGGCUGCAAGGUUUUUUUUGUUUUUUUUUUUUUUCUUUGAGAGGUUCCACCCACUUGAAAACAAAACUUUUUUUUCUGAAGGGCCUCACAUCAGUGAAGUUGGGAACUGGAUCCUAAGACAAGCCUUGCAAGUAGUAGCAACAUACGGGCCUUGGAGUUGUGUUUUUUUUUUUCCGCCCUUCAAAGGUGCUUUUGUGUUUUCUCUGUCGGUGGAAGCGCUGCCCUUUCUGGAGUUGGUAUGUGAUAAGAGGUCCUAGCAGUGCCAUGUAUUGGAAGAGCGAUCCGAUGUUUGUGUGUAAACUAGAAGACAAGGACAUUCCUGCGCUUGGUAUUUCCACUGAGAAGCUCCCGGGGCUCAUGGCCGAGGAGUGCGGGAGAGCGGCGGCCCCGGCGGGGGGAAGGCGGCGGAAAGGCGCCGGGGAAGGGGAGCUGGUGAGCCCUGAGGCAGCAGGGGACGAGGACUCCUGCUCUUCCUCUGCCCCGCUGUCCCCCUCCUCCUCGCCCCGGUCCAUGGCCUCGGCCUCCGGCUGCGCCCCCAGCAAGUGCCUGUGCAGCAGCUGCGGCCUGGAGAUCGUGGACAAGUACCUGCUCAAGGUAAAUGAUCUCUGCUGGCAUGUACGCUGUCUCUCGUGCAGUGUUUGCAGAACCUCUCUAGGAAGGCAUACCAGCUGCUACAUCAAAGAUAAAGAUAUUUUCUGCAAACUUGAUUAUUUCAGGCGGUAUGGAACCCGUUGUUCUCGUUGUGGUAGGCACAUCCAUUCUACUGACUGGGUCCGAAGGGCUAAGGGAAAUGUGUAUCACCUAGCAUGUUUUGCCUGCUUCUCCUGCAAAAGACAGCUUUCCACUGGAGAGGAGUUUGCUUUGGUUGAAGAGAAAGUCCUUUGUAGAGUACAUUAUGAUUGUAUGUUGGACAAUCUAAAAAGAGAAGUUGAAAAUGGGAAUGGGAUUAGUGUGGAAGGAGCAUUACUAACAGAACAAGAUGUUAGUCAUCCAAAACCAGCAAAAAGAGCUCGGACCAGCUUCACAGCGGAUCAACUCCAGGUUAUGCAAGCACAGUUUGCUCAAGACAACAAUCCAGAUGCACAAACACUCCAAAAACUGGCAGAAAGAACAGGCUUGAGCAGGCGUGUGAUACAGGUAUGGUUUCAAAACUGUAGAGCACGCCAUAAGAAACAUGUUAGUCCUAAUCAUUCAUCCACUGCUCCUGUCACGGCAGUUCAGCCCUCUAGGCUGUCUCCACCAAUGUUAGAAGAAAUGGCAUACUCAGCAUAUGUACCCCAAGAUGGGACAAUGUUAACUGCUCUACAUAGUUACAUGGACGCUCAUUCACCUACAGCACUUGGACUCCAGCCCUUGCUACCCCAUUCAAUGACACAACUGCCAAUAAGUCACACCUAAUUCCUUUCUUUCAGGGAUAAAAGCUAGUAAGGAUGUACUCUUAAGAGUCAUUUAUUGUGUAUUAAAAUAUCGUUGGAAAGAUAUUAAUGUUAAUUUUUUAUUUAACAUCCAAAGCAUUUUCAAGACCAUUUUGCUGCCCAAGUACGGAAGUAUAGUUGGCCUGCAAGACACUUUUAUGGAUUCUGCAUAAAUAACUAUAUGUUGUUUACAAGGCUUAUUAAACACCUUUUUUGUAUUGUCUGGAAGUAGUCCACUCUAGUUAUGUAUUUGUUAAUUUAUUCAUCAUCAAGAGCACUUUGCCUAAAAGAAAGGACUGAUAAUUGUGCAAAAUGUUUACAAUUCUUUGUGAAAUUGUAGUUUAUCAUUAGUUUGUAUCCGUAAGUUAUUGUUAUAAAAAGUAUUACCUGUAUUUGAGUUAUAUACAGCCUAUACUUUAAAGCUUAUGUCUGUGAGUUGGCAAAAUAAAUUUCAUUUGCAAAUAUUUUCAAAAUGAGCUGAAUAAACCCUCUGUUGCAGC